AUGUCGGAUCAACAUCCCCGCCGCCCUGACUUACAGCCCUAUUCGGAGAAGUUUCUAUUCGUCAACUACGAUUCAAAGAGGCCCAGCGGCUCUCAUGAUGACCAGUCGCGAGUCCUUUCCCACGUCCGUCAGAACUAUCAUGUAUGGCGCAGAAAGCAGAACGUCAAGCAUCUUCGAGAUCCCGUCGUGGUCCCUGCCACCUGUAAGCAGAAGGUACCGAUUCCCAGCUCCCAAAGACGGCCACUGUCCGAGAGCAGCCGCCAUGUGCGAGGGCGUCCAGUUCCCACAGCGCGAAAUGGGGCCAUCAGGACUCAACGCACUGGUGGCGUUUCCGAGCCUGCAGUCGGCUCCCCUUCGAUCAAUCUCCACAGGGGGAAUUCGGAUCCCUUCAAUGCUUAUCCGGUCAAAAUCGAUCCUCAAGUGAACGAGCUGAUUGCCUUCUAUCGAGACUAUCUUCUUCCGGCGCAGUAUCAUGUUCCUUCCACAGCAUGGGUCAGCUCUGCCAAUGCGAGAUUAGACUGGUCCAUCUGCACCUCCACGCUUCAAGAGCCAGCUUCAGGAAAUGCAUUUAUUGCUCGGUCUGCAACUGUUGCCGCUGUGCUCAACCCCGCUUUGCGGACACUGGCUAUGCGUUACCGCCUGCGGAGUAUCCAGGAACUGCGGUCGAGACUGCGAGACAACGUAGAUCAAACCUACGGUGAUGUGAAUGUGCUCCAGAUUAUCAUGCUGCAGAAAGCCGACAUUGUCGAUAAAAACCUGUCAGCUGCUGCGGCACAUGCAAACAUAUUGCAGAACAUGUUCCAAGAACAACAAAAAAGGAAUCACACAGUGAACUUCACCCUCCUGCAAUAUGCCCUCUGGAGCCACACACAGAUCUCUUCGAUGUUUAUGGCUCCCCUUGCAUUCGAUGUGAACCCUGGCGGCUGGGUAGUCACGACGAUGCGGCCUCUUUGGGAUGCUGCUCUUCAACAGCUUCGAGAACUACCACAGUGGACAUACCAUCGGGACAAUGCGGAAAGGUGUCUCGACCCGAGUGUUGAAGGCGAAGAACUAAAAGCAUUCUUCGUCUCUCGGAGGACCACUUUACAAACGUGGCUACUCUACGGUCUCAGUGGUCGACCCACGCCACCUCUCAUAAUGCUGUGGCUGACGACAACAGCCUGUCUCCAACAGGGGAGGAUGCUCAAACACUAUAUUCGCGCCGUCCACGAGGCCAAAGAGAGUGCAUCCUUGUCAUCACGGGAAGGUGGAGGGGGAUGCUCUGCCGCGCCGGUAGAGUACUGGUACACCCAACAAUAUUUGAUUCUUGCAGAAUUUCUUUGGACACAUCAUUUGAGCUACAAAGUUGAAGUUGGUGGCAUUGAUCUCUUUGAUAUGGUUCCAACGCAACUGAAGAAUCUUCGAGCAGCGCUGCAGAAUGCUGAGGACGCGGGGCCUGGUCCUGGGCCUCGGCACUCUUCAAAAUAUCGAAACGCCCGUCUCUGGGCAUUGUUCAUUGGCGCGCAUGCCGAAUUGUUGCGAUCCAAGUCCAUGCAGAAAACGUCAAGUUCGGAGCUGUCGUCAAACAAGGCUUUGCUCAACAAGAAUCACGAGAAGAAGGAAACGCCUUCGUUCGUGAAGUACCGCAAUGACGCCAAAUACGGUGGCUCUGAGGGUUACGAGGAAACUAGUGAUCGAUGGUUUGAGACGCACUUUGCCCACCAACUCCGGGACAUGGAAUUGUCGGAAUGGAAAGAUGUUUAUUCUGUCUUGAAGGGUUUUAAUUAUGCGGACAUAAUUAAGCCACUUGGAGAAGAGAUCUUCAACAACGCUAUGAACGUGGUCCAGCCUCCGCUGUCUGGAAUUCCUCUAUAUAUCAGGUCCAAGCAAGAGAGAAGCGAAUCUGACGGUAGCAAAGUGUGA